UAACAAUCGUACAAUCUCUCCUUGUUGUGCAAUGUUAUGUAGAUUACGGAUCAAGUAAUACGCGUUAUCUUUUAUUUCGUAUGUGCUACUGUUUUUUUUUGUGGAAAACGUGACUAUUUCAAAAUAAUAGUGUGUAAUUCGCGUUCAUAACAUAAAACUAUAAGAAAAAAUGUGACUAUCUUCAUUAUUUUCAUGAGAUGGCUGAAGAGUGAGUGAGAUAACGAAUUAACGAACUUCACACUUGUUUCAUUCAUUUUUUUCUCAGUUGACAGUCUGUAUCAAUCAAAACACGAAGUUUGUACUACAGACUACUUCAGUCGGUCAACCAGCCUGUUGAGUUUAGUGUGUGUGUUUUCGCAGUGACUUACAAGGAAAGAAUUAGUGCAUAUCUACAAAAUAAAUCUACAAGUGCUUUGAUCGUGUUGUGUAAACUUUUAACUUCGUGGUCAAAUUGGACUGAAUUUGAAAUAAAGUUUCAUUUUAGUGUCAAUUCGAGUGGUUUCAAUACGACUUUUGACGUCACACGAGGCAGCCAAUCAGUUGGCGCCAAAGGGAAAAUUAACUAUAGUCUAAAGUUGGGUGUUUUGAUUAAUUGGGACAUUUUUGCACGUGAAAUGUUUUAUAAACGUAAAUAGUGUCUGCAUUUUGGAAUAAUGCUAUUAAAAUGUUCUGCGGACGGCAGACCAAUGAGGGUGAGCGGCGCGCCGGCCAGCCACGGCAACGGUGCGAGAGGCAUGAAAAUGACUAUGUCCACGGCACCAACGAUGAGCGCUCGCGUUCACAGGAAGGUUAUGCGUGCGCCGCAUAAACGCGCACACCCGGGCAAAACGCAGUUCCCGGGCAAAAUGGCGCAUCAUCCGGGGAAACUGGCGCACUUGGGCAAAUUUGGCAAGUUGGCCCAUUAUGCGCACACGCACUCGCUGCGGCCGCCGGAGCCGUGCGAGAACAGUAACGACAGCGGCCUCGGUCCCGACGCUGUCCACAGAUUGUCGGACACGUUGGAGGAGUUGGAACACCCGGAGUCGAAACGGCGGCGCGGGGAGAGCGAGACGGGUGUUAAGAUAGAGUGCGACAACGCGACCGACGCGUACGCUUUCGCGCCGCCGACCGCGCCCGUCCCGAUGCACGGCACGGCGCACGCGUCGCUCGACGCGCCGCAGGCACCGCUCGCGUCGACACCUGUCCUACCAGUGCCUGUAAUAAGAGCUGGCUGCAGUAUAUCUAGUCCAAACAUCACAGAAUCGCCCGGCAAAAGGUUCCAGGACCCGUACAGAUCGUGCGGCAAGCUGGGCAGCGGGGGUAAACUCGCCAACAAGUACCCAGGCGGCGGCAAACUCGCCGGCGGCGGGGGCAAGUUGGGAGGCAAGCUGGCGGGCAAGUACGGCGGCAAGCUGGCACAAACGAUAGCCAGGCGACGCGCGCUGGCCGCCAUGACACAGACUGGCGCGCCGGGGCUCGCCGCACCGCUCACUAACAAGUCCAGGGAUGGUACGGUUGAGCUGCAGAUAUUGUGCCAGCCUGAGACGCAACACAGAGCGAGGUACCAGACUGAAGGUAGCCGCGGUGCAGUAAAAGACAACUCGGGAAAUGGAUUCCCAAUAGUCAAACUCGUUGGGUACGACAAACCGGCCGUGUUACAGGUGUUUAUUGGCACGGAUACAGGCCGCGUCGCCCCCCACAUGUUCUACCAGGCGUGCCGCGUGUCGGGCAAGAACUCCACGCCCUGCAAGGAGAGGAAGGAGGAUGGCACAGUCAUCAUCGAGAUCGACCUCGAGCCCGCCAAGAACUGGCAGGUCACCUGCGACUGCGUUGGGAUACUCAAGGAACGCAACGUGGACGUGGAGCACAGGUUCGGCGAGGCGCUGGGGGGCGCGGGGCCCGGCGUGGGCGCGGUGGGGGGCGCGGGCCACGUGUCGCGCGGCAAGAAGAAGUCCACGCGCUGUCGCAUGGUGUUCCGCACCGACAUCGUCGACGCGGCCGGACACCGAGAGACGCUGCAGGUCUGCUCCACGCAGAUUAUAUGCACGCAACCGCCCGGCGUGCCGGAAGUGUGUCGCAAGUCGCUGGUGUCGUGCCCGGCCACCGGCGGCCUGGAGCUGUACCUGCUCGGCAAGAACUUCCUCAAGGAGACCAAGGUAGUGUUCUGCCAGCGGCAAGACGGCCGCACCACGUGGGAGGAGGAGGUCACCCCGGAUAAGGAGUUUUUGCAGCAGACGCACCUAGUCUGCUGCGUGCCGCCGUACGCUCACACAGAUCUGUCGGAGGCUGUGACGGUGCAGCUGUUCGUGCGGUCGGGCGGCAAGGCCUCAGAGCCGCACCCCUUCAUGUACACACCACCCGCGCUCGACACCGGCCCGCUGCACUGCUCCAGGCAUCUCUCACAAGGAGCAGAGGACGCGCGGCCGGUGCUGAUGUGGGGCGGCAUGAUGCCGCCGCCGCCGCUGCCCGUGCGCAGGCCCUCCAUCAUCGUGCCCGACCCGCACUCGCCGCUCGGACUCAAGAGCGAGGUGACGGAUGACAGUAGCCAACACUCGUUAGAGCACACGGACUCGUGCGGCCCCGAUGGGCCAGACAAACCAGCGCCGGGCAUCAUGGCCGACGACCUCAGCGUUGUGGACCUCAGGCUCAAGUCGGAGACCAUCACCAGGGACUCACAGGGACAGGUCGGCUUCGUUAGCAGUUACGACUCUAUGAAACUAUCACCCACAACACCUUCACAGAGCCAGCCACCUUCCCCCCUGAUCUCGUUCACGCAACAACUACAGGCCAUACAGAACCAGGUGCAAACAGACAAAAUGGUGGAGACAGUCACCGCCGCCAUUUUCAACUCCGACGACAACUCCGGCCAGAUAUAUCCACCCAUCAUGCCCAUGUCCACAAUGGACCCCAUGAGGCAACUGAUCUCGGCCAAGACCAACAUGGAAUCUUUGGAGACCGAGAUGAAAGUGAUGAAUCCAGAGUUGAUGAUCACUGACACGAGCAUGCAGACCAGCGUGCUGCAGACCACCAACGAGCAGAGACUGAUCGUGUACAACCAGAUGCCGCAGAGCAGGCCCGACGACAACUACAACCCGUUCCGAACCAUCACCAAGCUGGAGAUGGAGACGACGCAGAUGGAGCAGCGGCUGGCGCAGCAGACCGCGCAUAUGGACGCGCUGGUCGAGGACGCCAUGAAGGCCACCGCCGCCAUGCUGCCCGCCGACGCCGCCAAACUAGACGAGCUGGUCAACUCGCGAGUCGACGACCACCUGUCCGGCUCGGCCACGUCUCCGUCCACCGGCUCCCACGCGUCGGACGUGCUCUUGAGCCCGAACGCGGCGAUGGUGAACCGAAACUCCACCGCGGACCUGCUCACCCCGAUGCCGGCGUCCGCCAUCUCCCCCGACGUGAUCCUGAACCCGCAGGUGUCGCCGAGCUUGAUGUGCGACAACAACCAGCGGAUAGUGAUGCCUCAGGGGCCCUCGCAGGACGAGCUCAUGAUGCUGCCCGAUCAGGUGCAGAUGACCUCUGUAAAGACGCCGCCCGCCGCCGUCAAGUCGAUGAUACUGAACGCCGCGGCCGAGAUCUUGACGUCCGACACGACCAUGAACGCGUUGGUGACGUCGGCGAUCAACACGGCCAACAUACUGACGACGGAGAGCGCAGGCGCGGGCGGCGCGGCCACGGACACCGUGCCGCCCGCCGAGCCGGCCGGGGAGGCGCCGCUGGCCGCCAUGUCGCAGGCCGUGUCGCAGGCCGUGACGCAGGCCGUGUCGCAGGCCGUGUCGCAGGCGGUGUCGCAGGCCGUGUCGCAGGAGAUGACGGCGCCGGUGCAGGGCCUCACGGACAUGAGCGACCAGGACCUGCUCUCCUACAUCAACCCGAGCACCUUCGACCAGGUGUAAGCGGGCCGCGUCGUAUCUCGCGCGAUCGUAUUGUCCACGGGAGACUCGUUACGCCUACAUUGAAUGCAUUUCUAGGUGAUGUGUUGAGGGCUCAAAUGCAGUUUUUAUGUGAAUUAUUAAUGGAUGUCACUAUAGUUACGUAGUUACGUGUUGUAGAACAUUAUAAUCUCGGUAUAAUGAGACGUUUGCACAAGUGCGCGCGUGUGAGGUGUGCUCCUAGGUAUGAUUCUCAACUUAAUUUUAUGGAAUUUUUGUUUUUUACGUAAUGGCGACUAAAGUGUUUGAAACGUCAAUUACUUCAUCAUGUGAGUCAGUAUUACAGGGCUAAUAACGUUUUUGAAAUAUUUAUAUUAUACAGUAUGUACGGAAAUUACUGCAUGCUGCUUGAUAAAUCGAUUUCUCUAUCGAUAUUUUUAUUUUUUUAUCGAUAUAAGUGAUGCUGUAAUCGAUAAACUCUGUUACAACAUGCAGUUAUUUCUAAAGCUGUACGUGCAAAGCAGAUGUAUGUAUUUUUUAAUCGAGAAAUUGCUAAGUGAUUACAAUUCAAAAAUGAAUGCGUGCGUGUGUGAACGGAUAUUGAUUUCGAUUUUUUUCUGUAAAUAGUUGAUAGCUUUGUAUUUAUGUUAGUUGUAAACGCGGUGCCGUCAGAACAAAGGUUUUUAACAAAAGAAGUAACACAGAAAUGGACAAGAGAAGGAUGUCUCCCUCUCGGUUGUAUAAAAACCCAGAAAAAAUGAUCUUUGAUUACUCGUGUUACUUCUUUGCCAAAAUUGAGAUCCUUAGUACGGUGUAAACAUAAAAUGAGUAAAGUAAUAUUUGAUACAGGGUUCGACACAUAACUUGACUUCUAACGCUGAUUACGCAGAAAAACGUAUUUGGGAGGUCUGAUACCAAAAGACGUUGUGGCUAUUUCAAUAGCAAAAGUGUUGUAAUUGUGCGCACGCGCAGAUAAAGAUCGCCUCCGUUUUUAGAGGCCAAGUUAAGUGUCGAUGCCUAGUGCAUGAAAAAUUAAAGCGUGAAUCGAAAUCUAUCGAUAUAAAACAUUGGUAAAAUAGUUUUAACUUUUAUAAAAUAUAAUUGAUAUAAAAAUUUUACAAAUAUACACUGUUUUAUAACAUAAAAAUAUUUUAUCGAAUACUAAAGAUCACAAACAGGUGCCAAUUUACGGGCAAAAAUAUAUUGUUUAUGACCGGACUAAGUCCUAUUUUAUAUUGAAAUGUAAAUAAUAAAAUGUUUUAGUAUAUUGACACGGAAUUAGAAAAAAUUAAUUGUCUAUGUGAGGUUAGUGUUGCCACGUUACUAGAAGUGUUUUUAUUAAAUGUUGAUAAUUAAAUAUUUUUGAUUUUGAAUGAAAUGUUUAAAAUAAAUAUUUUUAUCAAAGUCUAGUAAAUAAAUUAGCUAAAAUCAUAUCAAGUGACGUGGUGACAAUGAACACCGCGCCUCUCGUCAUAUUCACUUGAAUUAGAAAUUGUAUUAUGGUGUUGUGGUAAGCAAUUUAUAUGUCGAGGACAUUUAUCGAGACACAAAAUUAAAAAAAAAACGACCAAGACCGUUAAAAGCAUAAACAUUAAUUAAAGUUUUAUAAUGGUUAAACCGAUGUUAAAUAUUGUAAUUAAUCUUGGUUUUUCUGUCCGUCCGCCAAAAUAAAGAACACAACGCCAUAUAACAUUCUAAGAUAUAGCACCGUUAUAUAACCAACAUUAGAUAAUUAUGUUAUAUAUGUGUACACAUAAGAACUGUACUGAUGUGAUGUUAGAGCAAAGAAUAUAUGUUAAACGUUUAUUAUAGUACGUUAUAAAGUCGAAUGCUACAUAACUGUGCCAUUAUAUGUAAUAUUAGCUUAGAUGACACGUGGAGAGCAUCUGGCGUGACAAUGCGGGUUACUGGGAACGAUGGGAUGUUUUGCGAAGGAUUUAGAACUAUUCAUAUGAAAAUUAUAUUACAAGCCAAACAUUUUAUUCUUAUAUAGCAGAAAUUAUAGUUUUUUGUGCUGGCUACACUGAUUUUUAUGGAAUAUUUUUGUAACAGUGAUGCGAAAGACAUUUUUAUAAUAUAAAUUCCGUGAAAUUUGUCCAUAUACCAGGUAGCCCGAAACGUAAAGUAUUGGCCGAUUCAGACCUGUAAGGCACGUGCCGUCACGAUGAGCCAAACAUGCUAUUUUAUCUAUGUUCUAGAUUGUUCAUACUCACCCAUUCUCCAAACAGUAUUGUAUUAAUUGAAAUAUCAUAUAUUUUUAAACCUAUAAAUUACAAUCGAAUCACACUGGGACGUUUUUAUGUAACAUUAGUGACUUGGAACCAUGCUGACGUAUAUAUUCGUCAAUUAUUAAGAGGUUCCUUAAUAUGUCCCGAAAAACGCGACUCGUAAGUCGAUGUUACUUACGACUUUUGUGAUUGGUCGAGAGAGCAAUGCGUGAGUCACGUGUUAGUCUCAACCAAUCAUAAUAAAACGACAUAAAGUCGUAUUUUUUGCUACAUUAAGGUUUGUUUGGCUCGUGACGAUGGCACGUACAUAUUCGCUACGCAGUAUUUCGAUCUGGGGACCACAACCAAAUGUUAAACAUUACUAUGAAUUUUGUACUUCCAUGUAUGUACGUUUUGACAAUUUGUCUUGUGAUUGAAAUUUCGCUAAGUUUUGUUAGUCGAUUUAACGAUUUUCCAAUUAAAAAUACCAACACAAAUUAUCAGAAAUGUUUACACAGUGAGUUUUUUAGGCGAUUAAAUGAAAUCUUCCAUUACAAAGUCAAUUUACUGAAAACGAGAUGUAAUUUUUAAAAUCGAAAUAUAUAAUAUAUUUACAAACAGAAUGAAAUCGAUAGUUUUAUUAUCGAUUUACGGAGGAACUAUUUUGAUAUGUCUUUCUAAAUUAUCGUUGAAAGAACCCGCUGUGUAAUGUAACUCCCACAUAUCCGUGCAAGGCAUUAGCCGGUGCAUUUCGUAAACAAUUGUGCUGAAUCUCUUCAGUUAAGUCUUCCUUUUGAAAUUUCGGUUUAUCUUCCGACAUUGAGUAUGUCAUUAUAAAGCAUUUUGUAUAUUAUGAUAAUGUUAUGUACAUUUUUAAAUUCAUCACACUAUCUUGUGUUAAAAGUAAUUUUUUGUCUUCCAUUUUUUUUAUUAUACCAACGUCAGUGAAGGAGGUUGAGAUUAUGAUUUUUUUAAACCAAUCAAAUAUGGAAAUUUUUACAUCGAUUAUUGUCGAUACAAAUCGAUUUUGCAGUGAAUUUAUGUGUUCAAUAUCGAUAACAGCAACGAAAUCCCCUCUCUACUAAGUAAAAGCACACUUACCUCUUUCACUGGUUUUAUUUAAGUAUCUAUUAUAUAUACUACUGUUAUAUAAUAGAGAAGAUCUAACAGUGUAUAUUUUGAUUUAACAUUCUGUUUCUUAAAGACAUUCUAGCACAAAGUUAAUGGACUGCUAUAUUUUAAUACUUUGUGUAUAGAAUGUUUUUAGAAGCAAAGUGGGUAUUUAAGGCCAAGUUAAGGUGUACACGAGUGUGAGAAAUCAUAAUGUACACUUUUAGAUAAGAACGCGUAGAUCUCUAGUCGGUCUAAAUCAUGGAUGCAACUUGCCGGUGUGUCGCGAUGAUCAAUUGUAUGUUAUUUGUUUUGAUGUAAUUAAUUAAAUGUUAUGAAAAACA